CAUUUAUUGAGAUAGGGAAGGCUCCUUGGGCCCGCAGUUUACCUGCAAAUUGCAAGAUAAUACAAUGUUCCGUGGAUUUGAUGACGACCCUUUCUUUCGAGAAUUUAAUGACGGAAUGCGACGUACCCACGGGGAUAUACCUGGAAGUAUUAUGGGAAGACGUGAAGACAUGUUCAAAGAUAUGGACAACAUGAUGAACAGCAUGAUGCGAGGAUUUGGUGGCAACAUGGGAAUGCUGGAGGGACCACGUGAGAGUGGGACAGACAGACAGGUCGCUGAACGCCGACCUAACAACGCCAGGAACUUCUUCCCGGACAUGGGAAGUUUGGCUCGGCAGGUGGAUGAAAUGGCAAAGGACGGUAACGGUUACUCAUUCUCCUCUCAACAAGUGUACAGUUACCGUAAUGAUGGUUCGGGUGAACCUCAGAAGUUUCAGGCGACCUCGUCUACCGCUAAGGGACCUGGAGGGAUAAAAGAAACAAAGAAAGGAUUCAAAGACUCAACAAAAAAGACACAGAAGAUGCAAUAUGGUCGACAUAUUGCAGACAGAGCUGCUAUAAAAGAAAGAUCUCAGGUUCGAGAUCAACGACAAGAAAAAACUGAUUACUUCGGUCUCAAUGAGGCACAGGCUCCAGAUUUUAACCGAGAAUGGGGAACAAAAGCCAGCGGUCUCUACAGACCAUCAUUUGCUGACACACAGCCUGCUAAAAACAGAGGGAUUGACAGAACAGGACGUCGAGAGAAAAAAAGAGCACUACCUCAGGCAAAGAAGUAGUAAACGAUCUCCUCGAAAAUUAGAACUAGUUUGCUUGUUUUUUUGACAGAAAAACUCUUGAUAUCUAAUACUAAGAAACGUUUUAUAAAGUUGUACAUAUAAAAAUCAAGCAAGACGGACUUACUUUUUCAUUUCUUCGCGAGUUCGAUUUUAUCAAAAUAAUUGUGUAUUUCGUGUUAAUUAUUCUUAGAGAUA